UUGCCAUGAAGCUUUCUGCCCUUGAACACACAGGGCAAAUCUGAUCCAGUAAAGUAGACAGCACGCGCACUACAAGUCCAUAUUCUCACUUUUGGAUACUUCGCACACACGCGCGCGCACAUACACACACGCACACACACACCCUCCUCCAGUAAUUCAGCAUCUCCUGCAGAAGUAGGGCACCGUCCUCCCGUGACGAACCGAGUGUGCAUUAAAAAACUCUCCGGCUGGGAGGAAUAAUAAAAAAACAAACACGGAAGAACCGCAUCCUCGCUGCGGGAGGCGAUGCUGUUUCGGGCGCUCGGACCAUGGACAGCAGCCGCUGAAGUCUGAAGAAUGAGAUCAGGCGGAUACUUCUGAGUUUGGAAAGGGGGAUACACACUUCAUGUGUGGGACACAGACCUUCAGCACAUAAAUAUGCUCUGUGGUGACGCAGUCCAGGAGCUGCUAUGGAUGUAAGUCUGAGUCGAAGCAUCACACAUCAGGACAGUGUCCAAACACACAGAAGUAAGACUUGCCCUCUCAGUGCAAACAAUACACACAACUAUAAACUUGCUUUACAAGAAUUUCCCUCAACCUCAUAACAACAAAACACGUGCACAUUUUUUUUUCUAUAUAUCUGACUUUUUCCUCUUGGGAGUAAAUGAAAGCAUGACUGUGGCGAAGUUAUGGGAUGUUUUAACCUGACCACCGGUGCUGCUGUUCCAUGUUAACGCGUCCCACCUCUGAACCCACGGUGGUCCCUUUCCCUUCGGAAACCCCGUCUCGGUCACGUGCCUGCCAUGCGUGCACGCGCGGGACUCCUCUACCUGCUGGUGCAUGUGCUGGCGAGAGCCCGAGGCCAGUACGACCUGUGCAAGUCUCUCGUGAGCACGGACGAAGGCGCCGUGUGGGAGCAUUACGCGUGCCAACCCAAAGCCCAGUUCAUGAAGGAGUACAUGCGCAUCCGCGUGGAGCCGCCGGGCAUCACCUGUGGGAACCCGCCGGAGAGAUUCUGCACGCUGGAGAACCCGUACCUGUGCAGUGAUGAAUGCGACGCGUCUAACCCUGACCUGGCUCACCCGCCGCAGCUGAUGCAGGACCGCGAGCGCAGCGGCCUGAUCACGUACUGGCAGACGGCCACGUGGCAGCGCUACCCGGAGCCUCUCCAGGCCAACAUCACCCUGUCCUGGAACAAGACCCUCGAACUCACGGACGACAUCCAGAUCACCUUCGAGUACGGCCGACCCACGGUCAUGGUGCUGGAGAAGUCUCUGAACUUCGGGCGCACGUGGCAGCCCUUCCAGUACUACGCCGACGACUGCGUGGACGCCUUCAACAUGUCGCCGAGACGCGUGCGCGACCUGAACGCAGCGAACGCCACGCGCGUCAUCUGCACCGAGCAGUUCUCCCGCUGGGUCGGCUCCAAGAACGAGAAGGUGGUGCGGUUCGAGGUGCGCCCGCGCUUCGCCACCUUCGCCGGCCCCAGGCUGCUGAACAUGGAGGGCUUGUACACGCGGAUGGAGAGCAUGAAGGGUUUGCGAGAUUUCUUCACGUUCACCAAUCUCAGGCUCCGGCUCCUCAGGCCCGCGCUCGGAGGAACCUACGUCCAGAGAGACAACCUGCUCAAAUACUUCUACGCCAUUUCUAACGUCGAGGUGCUAGCCAGGUGUAAGUGUAAUCUCCACGCGUCUCAGUGUGUGUAUGUGGAAGGCAACUUACAGUGUCAAUGUGAACACAACACGACCGGACAGGACUGUCAGCGCUGCAAAAAAGGAUUCAAAGCCAAGACCUGGAAAUCAGGAUCAUAUUUACCAACACCCAACGGAUCGCCCAACUCGUGUUCUCAGGCGCUGGUUGGCUCUUCUUCUGGUUCCAAUUGUGAAUGUAACGGUCACUCGAAUCGCUGCAGUUACAUCGACUUCCUGAACAUAGUCACGUGUGUGAGCUGCAAACACAACACGCGUGGUCAGAACUGCGAGCACUGUCGCAUGGGCUUCUUCAAAAACAACUCUGCGGAGCCCGAUGACGAGAACGUGUGUAUCGAGUGUAACUGUAAUACGAUGGGCUCAGUGCACGACCGCUGUAAUGGGACCGGCUUCUGUCAGUGUAAAGAGGGCUCAACCGGAGUCAAAUGUGAUGAAUGUCUCCCCGGUUACUAUUGGAAACCGGGCUGUUUCCCGAACGUGUGUGACGAGGAGUUACUCUUGUGCCAGAACGGGGGGACGUGUGUUCAGAACCAGCGCUGCAGCUGUCCGCCUGACUUUAAGGGUGUUUUGUGCCAACAGUCGCGCUGCGAAGGAGGCAAAAAGUGCAACCGUGCCAGCGAGCUCUCCCUGAGCCUGGCACUUCUGCUCUGCCCGCUCCUCGCCACCCUGCUGAGCUCCACCGCCUCCUGAGAGACUCUGCUUCUCCCAUCGCCCUCUACAGGGGCAGAACGACAAACAAAAAGACUCUGUUAGAGCUGGAAAUCAAUGGAACUCAAAAUGUGCGCCUCACGUAUAUACGCUGAGGACGAGUAAUACCAAAAACACACACACACACACAAAAUCAACAAGUUUCUUGUGCAAUAGCUGCGGAAUUCAAUACUUACCCCACUUCCUUCACUCUGAUUGGCUCAGUGCAGGGGCGUGUCCUCACAGUGAUCCCAGACUGCAGGUUGUCUUCACAGAAAGACAGGAAAGCUCCGGCUUCACGUUUUUUACUCUCCCUCGCUGCAGUUUGUAACAUUCAGAUGUAUGUAACGAGCGCUCACUGUUAUCCGCUAAAAAGCAAAGAGUAUGAAUAUUAUUGUGAUAUUUGAAUAUUAAGAUUUUAGGCACUGUACCGCUGGUUGUUAUAGGAAUGUUUGUCGCCACAGUUAGAGAUCAUUGAUAUUUACGAAGUAUUCAGGACACAAACACGCUAUCCAACUUGUAAGAGAAGAUAUCUAAUCAAAUGGAUUUAUUAUAAACCCACAUUAUUUGACUAUUUUUGGUAGAGAAUAUUUUUGGUUUGGAUCUUUACUCAAGAGGCAAAAAGGUUUUAUUAUAUACACUGUAAACUUUACAGCACACAAAGCUAUUAUAGUACAAGGAUCUAUAACGCAGAGUUUACACUGUACACUUUACAGUCAGGUAUUACAGAGGAUGAAUUUACGCACUGGAUGUACCAAGCAGAAUUUAUUAAAUGGCAAACUCUACUGAGAUGUACAGGAUGGGGUUUAUUACACUGUAAACUUAACAGAUUUACAAAAUUAAAGAACUGAAUGAAAUUUUAUGACACUGUAAACAUUACAGUAAAUGUGACUGUUACUUGGCCACGUUUGAAUUG